AUGAAUAUGCACAGACAGGGAACUACCACCUCUGCCACAAGCUUGCCACGCCGUUCUACAUCAGGUCGUUCGACAUCUACAAACAGCCCCACAUCUUACGUCGCGUUGAUGCGGAAGCAAAAGGCCACAGUCUGGUGCGAUCGGGCACAAAGUAUCGAUCCCAGAUUGGCGGCAGCACAAAGAGCUGCCAAACAGCGCGCAGCCCUCGAAGUACGAGGUCUGACAUCGUCAGGACGGACAAGCACAAUCAGUUCUGGCGGAGUCGUGGGCAAGAUUCGACAUGGAGGAGUUCCCAAGGCCCCCGGCUACGUCCCUGCCAACCUGAACGGUGCUUCCGUGCCAUUACGACUCAGUGCAAAUGAAAUGCUAGGUGAUGAGGAGGAAGGCCAGAGUCUAGGUGAGAACAGUAUGGUACACGCUCGAACAGGGAGUGGUCGAAGCAGCACAAACAGUGCGAAAUACCGAAGCGGAUAUCCCAGGCCAGAUCAAGGUCGGUUCAGCAGUACCAGCACACCUCCAAAUGGGGAGGGCUCGCCUGGUCAUGGAAUUCCCGAGGACCCUGAAACGGCGCUCUCCGCCAAUAAAACGAACAGUGACUAUUUCAACGAUAAUGACAGAUCAGCCAGCCACUCCAGCGAGGAUUCUUUCGGCGAGUUGAAGGACAUGUCUGGGCCCAGUUCAGUUCAACAAGCAAUGGCGCAGGUCAAACAGGCUGAUGAUUUACGACGGAGAGGAAGUGUAGAUGAGCGAACAAUGAGCAUGGGGCAACCGGGCGUCAGGUUAUUUGUUGCCAACCCUGAUGUGGAGGAGUCAUGA